AUGCUCACUGCCCUACCAUGGUACAAUUACAUCAGCAACUUAAAGAGGGCAAGCUUAGCGGACUAUGGGAAACAGGAUGGACUGCUCCUAUAUCGGGAAAAGCUAUGGGUUCCUGAUUAUAAUGGGUUAAGAGAAUUACUCUUACAUGAGUUUCACAAGUCAGUACGUGGGGUUAUCAAGUAUGUUCCUGCACGUCCUCGGAGACUAUUGCAACUACUCCCAGUGCCAAAACAGCCGUGGGUGGUGAUCUCUCUCAAUUUCAUUGUGCAAUUACCGAAAUCUGCUGGGUAUACUGUGAUAUUAGUGGUGGUGGACAGAUUUACUAAAGUAGGACAUUUUACUGCUCUUAAACCAGGAUUUACAGUGACAAAUGCAACCAAAGCAUUCAUCAAUUAUGUGGUCAAGUUACAUGGAAUUCUGGUUACUAUGGUUUCGGAUAGAGACUCUAUUUUCCUAAGUAAGUUUUGGAAAACUUUGUUCAAGUUUAGUGGUACCAAACUCAACUACAACACUGCCUAUCAUCCACAGAGUGAUGGUCAGACCGAGAAGCAUUUCUACGGUCCAUUCCAAGUUACUCAAAAGAUUGCAAAAGCAGCGUACCGUUUGGCCUUGCCGGCUGGCUGUGCCUUGCACCUAAUAUUCCAUGUUGCGGUGUUGAAGCAGUUCCACGAGGAGCCUCCAGUUGAGCCAGUCACGGUGAUAAAUCUUCCAUCAUCGCUGCAACCACGUAUAGUCGCCAUCCUCGAUAAUCAUUCCAUGGUUUCUGAUGAGGGUGUGCGAACUCAAGUCUUGGUGGAUUGGGAAGGGACUUACAGGGAUGAGACCAUGUAG